UUUGAACGUGGAACAUCUCAUUAACUGUUCCAUACCUUUGGAAUGACUGAAUUCAUUGUAAAGACAAGAUUCGCCAUGUUAAAGAAUAUCCUGUCUUGCCUGCUGAUUACGAUCUUCAUGACGUCAAUGACUAUGUCAAUUUCGCUAUUUGUAAUGAGGAAAACGUCUCCUGCAUACACUUAUACUGACUGUAAGACGCUGAGAGUAUCAAGCCUGUUGCACUGCACCAGUCUCUCUGGACAGCUGAAGGAAGUCACCUACUUUUACACUCCAGCUGAUAAGACUUGUCGCUGGGGCUGUACGGUGAUUUAUUUGGCGGGAAUUCUUAAUAGCGGAUGGCAACACUAUGAACGAUACUCAACAAGAAACGCCGCCUUGCUGCAGUCUGCGUAUUCGUCGUCUGUAUUUCCUGGUAAUAGUCAUCAAUAUACAGCUAACUGGGCAAUUGAUGGGAAAAUUGCAAAUUUAUCCAGUUCACAGCAGUGUUUUAUUUCAAAUGAGGAAUCGUCUCCAUGGAUUCAAAUUGAUUUAGGAGGAAACUAUUUGAUAUCUUACGUGAAAUUAUACAAUAGAUUGGAUGUACAAGGUUUGGAUAAAAAAAAUGUUGAUGUUGUUUCAUUACCUGUUGUUAUAUGUCCUAUUGCACGACGUUUCAUCCGUAUACAAAUGUCACCAGUUUUAGGGGAAGUGCCAAGUUAAGUUAUGAUGUAUACGUGAAGCUCAUGGCCGUGUGGAUUCUCCAUUGUGCCAAUGCCUACCGUGACCUUCACUUCUGAUGGCCGUCUACUUUCGGAAGGUCGGUGGUCUCUUCCC